AUGAAGAAAACUGAAAACUCAAAAGAGUUUAUGGUGGAGAUGGAUUUACAAACACAAGAGGGUAAGUAUGAAUGCCAAAAUUUUGAGUUUGUGGGAAUAAUUUAUCGGCAUAUUAUGAAAGUAUUUGUGCGUCAAGACAUUGAUAUCAUACCAUCCCACUUUAUUCUUCCAAGAUGGAGGCAAGGGGCAAAUAAGUUUAGAGUCACGGAUUCUAAAGCCUUGGUAAAGAAUGAUGAUAAAGAACAAUCAGAAGCAUUGAGAUUUAGUCAUAUGUGUCGGAGAGCUACUCAACUAGCUUGUCAUGCUGCACCUUCAGAUGAGGCCUACAAAAUGUAUAUGGAUGGUUUAGAUGAAUUGUCAAACAAAAUUUCAGAAGUCAAUAAGGUAACAAAAGAGGUUGCUAUAGAGUCUGAAGACCAUGUUUUCCAAGAUGAAGUAGAUCAAUGUGCGAGUAAGUAUUCUGAGUCAUUGCUUUUGGAUCCGAAUAUCUCAAAAACAAAGGGUAGAAAGAAGGACGACAAUAGUAAAAGAAACACAAACAGGUCCAAGAGGAUAAAAAGUGGUAUGGAGUUGGCUCAAAGCAAGAAGACAAAGUGUACAAUGUGUCAACAAAUAGGACAUAAUAAACUUACUUGCAUUUUAAACCCGGAUGCAAAAAGAAACACGAAUCCUUCUACGAAUCAAAGGAAUAAGAAUAUGCAAGAGUCAGACAGAGUUUCAGACGAAGAAACUUCAGAGGAAGAAGAUUCAGACAGUAGCCAUCAAGAAUAA